CAGCACAGAAAGCAUCAACGGUCGAAAAAUCCGCGAAAAUCAUGAUUUCAAAAAUCAAUGGCAGCUCUCAUCCCUCAGCUUUACUUCAAAAAACGCCUCUUUUUCUUACCAAAGCCUCCAUUCAACAAUGUUCUACCCAAUUGGAGAAUACCUUUUUGUACAAUAUCUACAGUGACACCAAACCAAACGCUCUCCUACAGGAGAAAGACUUUUUCUCACAUAUUCCAAGAAUGUUCCCGGCAAAUAGCUCUACAUCCUGGCAGACAAGCCCAUGCUCUUAUGGUAGUUUCUGGGUUCACCCCAACUGUAUUUGUUACGAAUUGUUUGAUUCAAAUGUACAUAAAAUGUUCCAACUUAGAAAAUGCUAAUAAAGUAUUUGAUCAAAUGCCUCAAAGAGACAUAGUUUCAUGGAAUGCAAUGGUUUUCGGUUAUACCAGUUGUGGAAAUAUGAUGGUGGCUCAGUCUAUGUUUGACUUGAUGCCAGAGAGAGAUGUCAUUUCUUGGAACUCUUUAAUUUCGGGGUAUUUGCAAAACGGUUAUUACCGGAAAUCGGUUGAUGUUUUCUUGGAUAUGGGAAGAGUAGGUGUAGUAUUGGACAGAACGACUUUUGCUGUGAUUUUGAAAGCGUGUUCGAGUUUGGAAGAUUAUGAGUUAGGGAUUCAGAUUCACGGACUUGUGGUUCGUAUGGGUGUCGAUUAUGAUGUGGUAACUGGAAGUGCCAUUGUGGAUAUGUAUGGGAAAUGCAAGAAAUUCGAUGAGUUGUUGCGUUUUUUCAAUGACAUGCCUGAGAAGAAUUGGGUUUCUUGGAGCGCUGUUAUUGCAGGCUGCAUCCAAAAUGCUGAGUUUGUGGGUGGUUUAGAAAUGUUCAAGGAAAUGCAAAGAGAGGGAGUUGGUGUAAGUCAAUCUACUUAUGCUAGCGUUUUCAGGUCCUGUGCAAGUUUGUCUGAAUUGAGGUUUGGUUCUCAAUUGCAUGCUCAUGCAUUGAAGGCUGAUUUUGGAUCUGAUAGUAUUGUAGGAACGGCCACUUUGGAUAUGUAUGCAAAAUGUGGUCAUUUGUCUGAUGCCAGAAAAGUAUUUGAUUUGUUGCCGAAUCAUACUCGGCAAUCUUAUAAUGCCUUAAUUAUUGGGUAUGCUCGAGGCGAUCAAGGCUUUGCCGCUUUGCAGCUCUUUCGGCUUUUGCUGAGGUCUGGUCUUGGUUUUGAUGAGAUAAGCCUCUCUGGUGGAUUGAACGCUUGUGCAGUGAUCAAAGGGCAUGUUGAGGGGAUGCAAGUAUAUGGGUUGGCAACUAAGAGUUGUUUCUGGUCCAAUGUUUGUGUGGCAAAUGCAAUUCUGGACAUGUAUGGAAAAUGUAGAGCUUUGGCUGAAGCUCAUCGUAUCUUUGAUGAAAUGGAAAUAAGAGAUGCUGUUUCAUGGAAUGCAAUUAUUGCAGCUUAUGAGCAGAAUGAAAAUGAUGAGCAAACACUAUCACUAUUUGUUUGGAUGCUCCGAGCAAGGAAGGAACCAGAUGAAUUCACUUAUGGUAGUGUUUUGAAAGCUUGUGCAGGUCAACAAGCUCUGAACUGUGGCAUGGAGAUUCAUCAGAGAAUUAUUAAAUCUGGGAUGGGGUUGGACGCGUUUGUUGGAAGUGCUCUUGUGGAUAUGUACUGCAAGUGUGCAAAGGUAGAAGAGGCAGAGAAGAUCCAUGACAGAAUGGAGGAACAAACAUUGGUUUCAUGGAAUGCAAUCAUCUCUGGAUUCUCACUGAAUGAACAGAGUGAGAACUCUCAGAAGUUCUUUUCUCGGAUGUUAGAAAUGGGCGUCAUGCCUGAUAAUUUCACCUAUGCUACUGUACUUGAUACUUGUGCUAAUUUGGCAAGUGUCGGACUUGGAAAGCAAAUCCAUGCUCAAGUCAUGAAGCAGGAACUGCAGUCUGAUGCAUUCAUAUCCAGCACCCUCGUUGACAUGUAUUCAAAAUGCGGAAUCAUGCUUGAUUCCCGGCUAACAUUCGAGAAAGCGCCGAAGCGGGACUUUGUGACCUGGAAUGCGAUGAUUUGUGGCUAUGCUCAGCAUGGUCUUGGAGAAGAAGCUCUUGAGAUUUUUGAGGAUAUGCAACUCAAAGGUGUGAAACCAAACCAUGCUACUUUCGUUGCAGUCCUUCGAGCUUGUGCACAUAUUGGCCUUGUUCAGAAAGGGUUGCAUUACUUCGAUUCAAUGCUUAGUGAGUAUGAAUUACCUCCUCAAUUGGAACAUUAUUCGUGUAUGAUCGAUAUAUUGGGUAGGUCAGGUCGAAUUAGCGAUGCUUUGAAGCUUAUACAAAACAUGCCUUUCGAGGCUGAUGAUGUUAUCUGGAGAAAUCUGCUUAGUACUUGCAAGAUUCAUGGGAAUGUAGAGGUGGCAGAACAAGCAGCGAGUUCUCUUCUGCAGUUGGACCCGCAGGACUCUUCUGCUUAUGUUCUUCUAUCAAACAUCUACGCUGAUGCAGGAAUGUGGGGUGAGGUUUCGAAGAUGAGGAAGGUGAUGAGGUAUAGUGGGCUUAAGAAAGAGCCAGGUUGUAGCUGGAUUGAGGUCAAGUCUGAAGUACACAUGUUCCUUGUUGGGGACAAAGCUCAUCCAAGAUGCAGAGAGAUAUAUGAGAAUCUGUACUUGCUAAUGGAUGAAAUGAAGUGGGCUGGGUAUGUGCCUGAUAUUGAUUUUGUGCUUCAUGAUGAGGAGGCAGAAGAUGAGCCGCAAGAACUAUUAUCCCGCAUGCACAAUCUCUAGUUUUUAAGUCAUACGGAAAACUAAGAUCAAAAGCUGGGAAGCCUGCGAUUGCAAUGGUGAGUUUUUCUUCAACUUUACAAGAUUCCAGUGUCUCAUACUUAACACAUAGUUGUACCUAGAGUAGCUACGGCAUACUCAAGUGUACAAUUAAAAAAAAAAUUCCAAAUAAAUUACGUUGCCUGGAUUCCUUCCGAAGGACAUGACACGUCAAGACUUUACAGCUGUGGCA